CUAUCAAUAUGGAGUGAAACUAUCGAAAAAUAUUUUUUUCUACUGAUCUGUCGGUCAAACUCAUGUUGAAUCUUCAAGUAUUCAUUUAAAAAUCAAUGAGAAACUAACGAACGAUUGUAAACUGAGUACAAACGGGUACACAGCUAGUACAAACGAUAGCAUUAGUUCAUUUUGCGAUAUGCAAUCACUUGUCGGCUGUCUACAUACGAAUCUAGCUACUUCGGACUUAGCACGAAAAUGGUGCGUGAAUGUUCGUGCACAGCUGUUGUUUACCGACAAAUGCGUGUCAAAGAAACUCUGUUGUGGAUUGGCGGGUUCAAAGAUUUCUCAGUCCGAAUGAUUCUAUCGACAUCGUGAAACGAAGUGUUAGUAAAAUACCAAAUACAGUCGAUUGUCCCUGUUGGCAGUUAAACAUGAAUAAAAGAUGUAAAAACCGAUGGGAGAAUUUAUAAUGGUGUCAUCUUCAUGAAAUUCAACACAAACGUAACUAAAAACAGUGUUGUAAUUGAUUGGUCAAGCAAGGCUAGGAGAGAAAAAAAUAUACACGAGCAAUCGAUGGCUGGGAGAAAAUGAUUGAAAACGUGCCAGUUAUGAGUGACCAGGGAAAUUGACCUAAACUAGAGUUUCUCACUUGUUGAGAGAAGGCUAACACAUGAUACGCUGGCUCGUCGCAUUCGUUGAGGAACAAUCGAAGGGACACUGAGGUGACCACAAUGAAUGCGAGAACACAAUUGUUUGAGCUGAGCAUGGAGGGUCGUCAGGUUGACGAGGCAGUAGCCUCGAUAUUCCACAGUGUCCUGUUCCAUCGGAGUUUAGGAAAAUUCAAGUACAAACAGGAGGGCAGUUACUCAGUGGGAACAGUGGGCUAUCAAGACGUUGACUGUGAUUUUAUCGACUUCACUUAUGUUUGCUGUUCCUCGAUUCACCUUGAUCAGACACUGAAGAGAGAAAUCUCUGGAUUUUCCGAGGCUUUGAGAUCUACCGACAGUCCUGGUUCAGGUCAAAUAUCCCUAGAGUUCUUCCAAAAGAAGAAAAAUCGUUGGCCCUUCCAACCUGAGUGUAUACCCUGGGAAGUGUGGACAGUACGUUUAGAGUUAAUAAAACUAGCUACUGAACACGAACGACAGAUUUGCAGGGAAAAAGUUGGAGAUUUAUUGACUGACAAAAUUCUGUACAUAACUGAAGUAAUGAAUCGUCACGAUUAUCUCCCUAAAAUGCCCAAUCAAGCUGAACUGGAUCUCAUAUUUGAUACAUCUUACCCAGAUAUUCAGCCUUAUCUAUUCAAACUGUCAUUUACAACAUCAGGACCACCGAGCACAACCAUGGGAAACACAAUGAAGAAACUAAUUAAGGAAACUCUGUCCAUUUAGUCGAGCAUUCAUCUCAGCUUAAUCGGAAUUUGGUAGUGAAGUGGUAAAUAAUGGAGAGAUGAAUUUAAUGUGAAUUGGCAUUCUAUUUUGAGAGAUAUCUCGAGACAGUAGAAGUCGGGAGUAUUUGGCGAAGGACUUUCUAUGAAGAAAUUGGUGAAUUUGAAAAGAAGAUGUCUUGUAGGAGCAAAGUGGUAUGAUAAACUAAGUCAAUUCCCAUUGAAUAUCAAUCUUGAAUGGAUAUUUUCCCAGUCUAAGAUACCGCAAGCUGUUCGUAUGAACUUUUGCAAAUUUCAAUGAGAGAUGAAAAUCUUUACAAGAUUCACUGCAAGAUUAGUGAACUUCCAGAGAUAUUUUAUUUCAAUUUUUCUAUUUUUCAUUCUGCCAUUCAUGAUGGCAUUGACUGUUAUAAAAGUUUAUAUCAUAGAACAUUUUUAAUUGUUAUAGAGUGUGAAAGGAAAUUACGAAUAAAGAACUGUUAAGUUACAUGUGGCGUGAAUGAAUGCGUGGAAGAGUCAGUGCUAACAUAAAUUGCAAAAUGAACAUGAAAACAGAAUAAAAUUGAAAUAAAAUAAAUUCAGGUCGGUCAAUCAAACAUCUAAAAACCACUAAAUCGUCUGCAAAGUUUCCAAAUACUUGGUUGUCCUGAAGUUGAUUUACACUGACCACUGGGCCUGUCACAAGUAGAAAAUGAAGGGAUCACGUCGCUCGAUAAGUAGAAAAGAAAUAAAAGCACAAGUUAUUGUAAUAUUUUUAAAGUGAAAUGACAUGAUGUGAUCUCUUCGUUUGCUGUGCAUGAUAGGGACCCAGAGUGCAGUAUUCGAGGUCACGUGUCACGCUUUAAACUGAUAAUUACUCCGGUCACAAAAAACUUGUCAGACUGAUAAUUUUCUUCGAGCUCAUCAAUAGCUUCUGAAAAUUUUGACGGAUAUCUUCCGCAUUUUCAUAAAGUGUGUAACGUAUCUACCAGCACCGCACUUUAAUCGAGCAGAAGGUGAAAAUAAGAGAAAUGUACGGUUUUUCUACGAUUUUUUUCUGCAAAAUUAAUUUCCAUUUCAGAAUUCAAAAUUGCGUUUAAUUUCCGCGCAGCACUAUGCACUUUAGUUAUUCCAUGUACAAUCAGUCAACAACUAAGCCUCACCCUCUUGGAAAUUGAUGAUCAUUUUUCCAGACGCGGGGCUUGGAAAAGGCGAUUUUGUUGUUGGAAAAAUUUUGUUCAAGCCACGCAGGGGAAGACAUAUGACCCUCCCCUACGUACUUGCUGUCCUUGCCUCUGGCUCGGAUCUCAAUCUUGUACGUGGGGAAUCAUUAUCUGUUCUCUACGGCUAGGCUUGAAAUCUACUAUUUCCCCGACUGGGGGGCUGGAAAAAUUAUUAUCAUAAUUUUUUCCAGAUUUUUGACAUCUCACUUCAGAGAUAUGAUUCUUCCUCAGUUUCCUCGUUUUUCUUCAAUAUUUCAAAUUCUAUUUACUCAAUUAUUAUUUUCCAAAAAUAACGCCGUCGGCUUUUGAAAGUACGAGAGUCAGUCAUUCAAUCAUGCGGCGUAGAAUAAUCAUUUUCAUACCAUCCACGAAAGAUUAGCUGCCUCGAAUUUGCAUACUGUCACUUAAAAAUGUAUGCUACGUACAAUCCUUUCGUCCGAUUUUCAAUCAAUUUGUAAUCUCUUCGGCUGCGUAUUUUCUGCAGCGCUGGGACAUUUAGUUCAUUGUACCCAACGGUACCGUAAUUUUUAUAGAAAAAAGUCCUGUAUUUUUUCCCCGUGAACCCAGCAUUCCCUGAGCUACGCAACAGGUCUUUUGAUAUUUUUUCUACCAUCGAAUAUGUUGAAAAAUCGAAUAAGGAAUGACACAAAAUUCAUCUCUCUUUAUCACUUCGUUGCAGAAAGCAAUAUAAACAUAAGAAUAUUGUAAGGUUUUAAUGCGAAAAACUCAUCGAUCUCACCAUGAAGUUUUACAUAUAAUCUCGAUAAACCUUUCAUCAAUUAUUCGCGUGUAAAGAUAUAAAAGUCCUAAACUACUGGAUAAGAUCAACUGAUUAGUACAAAUCGUAAUGAGAACUGUUCCCUCUCUAAUCACUGCAUAAUAUUGAACAGAAUACCAACAACAAAAUAACGACAAAUUUUAAUCAGAAAAUUCAAAUUUAUAUAAAAUAUCAUGGCGAUGGAAAAGUGACAUAAGUAUCUCGCUGCCUAAAACACUUCCAUCAUCGACACAUUAAGGUGUACGUCUAGCUGUAUAAAAAUUUUAAAGAGUUAUCAACAAUUUUUUUUUUAUUUGUUCCUCUCUCCAUCGUGAUUUUUUUCCUCCUUAGUAUCUAUCUGUAGACAGCGCAUCUGCCUUGGUCGAGCUCUUGCAAGUGUAGAAUUAGGUCAAUAGCAUCGGCUUUGUUUAUCCUCUCGCGAGAGGAAGGAGGAGAGGAGAGAGAAUUUCCACUAUAAGCGAAAAAGUUUUUGAGUGUAAAGUCAAACUAUUGAGACGUAAGGAAAGUGGAAAAAUACAGGGGAAGAAGGAAAGUCAGAAAGAAGAGUGGGAAUGCUGAAGCAUUCCUGUUUGUAUAUAGAUGUCAAAGAUGUACACAUAAAAACAUAUAUGCAGAUAUAUAUAUACAUAUAAAUAAUGAUUUUCGUUGUCAAGUGGUAGUAGGAGGUUUUUUAAAUUAAAUUUCCGUUUAUUUUUACGACAUUUUAGGAGUCGAAAAUGAGCAGGAUUUUUCACGAGAUAUUUUCAACUCAGGACAAAAAACUGUUUAAUUUUAAUACUAAUAAGAGAUUUUGUAGAUAGCCAGCUAAUUGGAUUGCUAUUGUUUUUUUUUCUAGUGAAAGUGAUCGUAAAACGUCUAUUAAAGGACAAAAAGUCUCUUGGCUCCAGCGAUAUUAGCAUAAUAAUGAAGUUUUCAAAUGGAAAAGUUUGUCAUUUUUUGGAAUUGUCUCUAUUUUCACUUGACACCGCAUUUUCAAGGCAGCGCACGUGUGUGAUAGCCCCUGUGGAAUGUAAUUUGCAUACAGAGUAGCAAUCGAAACCAUUAAAUCAGUAGAAUAGAGUCAGUACUAAACGAAAAACUGUCUCUUGAAUAAUUUUUUUCCAUAAACUAUCAUCACAAUUCAUUAAUAGGUGCACGUAUUAUAUUUAUUUUCUCAUUUAAUACAAAGUGAUCUUUAUUUAGAGAAAUCGUUGUAGACUAACUUUUUAAAUUACGAUCAGCCCUCGCCAGACUGAUGAUGUAAAUAAUGUUUUUGCGUAAUCUAAUAAUGAGUGGAUGUGAUCAAUCAACGAGCAAUUUUAACUUAACUCUCGAUUGCACAGAUAUAGGCAAUUGUAGUCCAUUGUUCUAUUGUAAGGAAUCGAAGAUUAUGAAUAUUUCUAAUUGACGGAGAAUCAAAGCAUUAUAAAUAUUAUUAUAAAUAAAUGAGUGUGAAUGGUUUUUUUUCGGCGGGAUAGUGCUUUUACAAUAUUGAAAGGAGUUUAGGUGUUUGAUUAUAUUAUUUAAAUAUAAAUGUACAGAAAUGAAUAAUAAUACAAGAUUCAAAUUGAA